AUGAUCUUUGACGGGCGCGAGUUCACCUACGCUCAAAUUUCCCAGCGGGUCAACCGGCUGGCGAACGCCAUGGCGGAACUGGGCGUGACCCCGGGCGAUCGAAUCGCGACGAUGCAGGUGAAUAGCCACCGCAGCAUCGAAUUGUACUUCGCCGCAGCGCAGUUGGACGCUGUUUAUGUGCCCAUCAACUUCCGUGCCAAGACGGACGAGUUGCAUCAGAUGCUGCGCAUAGCGGAACCGACUUGCCUGUUAUGGCGAGCGGUAUCUGGAGUUUGCUGGGGGAAGAGGAACCUGUUCGGAUGCCCCAGGACCGGUUGA